GUUUCAAUCUCUGUAUUUCAGCCUUCUCUCUCUUAUCUUUAUAUAAACACUAAAACUUUCUCCCCUAUACUCCCUUUUUUCCUUCCCUCACCCUCAUCCUUUUGUUCAUCUUCUCCUCCUAUUAUUCCCAUGUCUUCAAGCUCUAGACUUGUUCCCAAACCUUGACGAGCCAGCCAAUCAUAUUUACUUAUAUACAUAUAUUAAUUGUGGAGGAUUAUCACUCCUUUCCUUUCCACUGAAUUCUCAGGAUCCACUUGAUCAUCCCAAGAUCAUCAAUACCCCAUUUUUCCCAGAAAGUUCUGGAAUGGGUUGAUUUAAAGUCUGGGGAUUUAUUCUGGAGAAUAAGUGAAGAGAAAAAGUAGAAAACAACAUUAGAAUUAAGCAAAGAAAACAACAUACGAUGGCGACGUACUUUCAUGGGAACCCUGAAAUCCAAGCAAGUACUGACGGCCUUCAAACCCUUGUACUUAUGAACCCUGCCUAUGUUCAGUAUUCCGAUACCCCUCCACCGCCCCAGGCCAGCAACCUCCUUUUCUUCAACCCUAACUCCCUCUCUCCGCCCCAAACUCAGCAACUCGUCGGCAUCCCCCUCCCCGCUACCUCAGCUGCCAAUCAAGGCCCUACCUCACACGAUAUCUCCCCCUUGCAUGGCCUCGUCCAGCGCGUCCAUUACAACAUGUACAACCCUAUUGACCCUUCCGGAUCGGCGCGUGAAACUCCUCGCGCUCAACAAGGACUCUCUUUGACCCUUUCUUCCCAGCAGCAGCCGGGUUAUGGAUCCCAGGCUCAAGCAGUUUCAGGCGGGUCGGCUUCUUCGGGUUCAGGCGUGCACAAUAGGGUGUCGGGUGUGCAAAGUGUGUUUUUGAGCUCUAAAUACUUGAAGGCUGCUCAAGAGCUUCUUGAUGAGGUUGUUAAUGUUAACACUACUGGGAUUACAAAGAGUGAAUUAUUGGCUAAGAAGGGUGGUGGUGGAAAUAAUCAUAGCAAUAGCAGUAGUAAGGCUAUGGGAGAGUCGUCGGUGGUGGCCGGGGAUGGCUCUGGUGGUGGGGAGGCAGGUGAGAAACACGUCGCAGAGCUGACCACGGCUGAGAAACAGGAAAUUCAGAUGAAGAAAGCAAAGCUAAUUAACAUGCUUGAUGAGGUGGAACAAAGGUAUAGGCAAUACCAUCACCAGAUGCAGAUUGUAACAUCCUCAUUUGAGCAAGCAGCUGGAAUUGGGUCAGCAAAAACAUACACAGCUCUUGCAUUAAAGACCAUUUCAAAGCAAUUUCGGUGUUUGAAAGAUGCAAUAACUGACCAAAUCCGAGCAGCCAACAAGAGUUUAGGGGAAGAAGAAGAUGGUGUAGGCGAAGCAGCCAAAAUCGAGGGAUCCAGACUUAAGUUCGUGGAUCAUCAUCUUCGACAGCAAAGAGCACUUCAGCAGUUGGGAAUGAUCCAGCACAAUGCUUGGAGACCCCAGAGAGGAUUGCCUGAAAGAUCAGUUUCUGUUCUUCGAGCUUGGCUCUUCGAACACUUCCUUCACCCGUAUCCUAAAGAUUCAGACAAACACAUGCUUGCAAAACAAACAGGGCUCACUAGGAGUCAGGUGUCUAACUGGUUCAUAAAUGCCCGAGUUCGGCUAUGGAAGCCAAUGGUGGAAGAGAUGUAUUUAGAGGAAACCAAGGAGCAAGAACAGAAUGGUACUUCAGAUGACAAAACAAGCAAGACCGAAAACCAUGAAGAUUCAGCAUCCAAAUCCACAGCUCCAAGCUGCCAAAAUCCUGGGGAGAACCAGAAAGUUUCAUCAAUGUCCAUUUCCACUGCUUCAACGUCUCCCCUUGCAGGAAAUGCACACCAGCAGUCGCGUUUCUCCCUCAUUGGGUCAUCCGAAUUAGAAGGGAUCACCCAAGGAAGUCCAAAGAAACCAAGGAGCAAUGAACUGUUGCAGUCCCCAACUAGUGUCCAAUCCAUGAACAUGGACAUGAAUCAAAGUGAGGCAAGCAAUGAGGUUUCCAUGAAGUUCAGAAAAGAUGGGUACUCAUUCAUGGGGACCAACACCGAUUUCAUGGGAGGUUUCGGGCAGUAUCCUAUCGGAGAAAUCGGACGGUUCGAUGCAGAACAGUUCGCUCCAAGGUUUCCUGGUAAUGGUGUUUCCCUCACACUCGGUCUUCCGCACUGUGAAAACCUUUCCUUAUCUGGAGCCCAUCAGAAUUUGAUCCCAAACCAAACAAUGCAAAUGGGGAGAAGGCUAGACAUUGAUGAACCAAAUGAGUUUGGUGCCAUAAACCCUCCCACACCUCACUCUUCGGCUGCGUAUGAGAGCAUCAACCUUCAUAACAGAAAAAGGUUUGUAGCCCAAUUAUUACCGGACUUCGUCGCCUGAAGAACGUGAUUCGAACCAGACAAACAUAUAUAUCUUUCACUAUUUUCAUUUCUAUCCAUUAGGGAACAAGGGAAAUGCAUGGUAUAGUGUAAAGAAGAAAUUUCUCCUAGUAUAGGCUUUAUACUUUGCAUAGCGCAAUUUGAGUCCUUCAAACAUUUCAGGAUCUCACCAUAUAUAUUUGAGAGGAUUGUAUAUUAAUUUUAUAAGUUUUGGGGAUUGGUUUAGAUGGAUCGAUAUCAUCAAAUUAGUUUAUUUGGGAAUAAUGACAUUAAAAUUUUAGUCAA